CUUCCCGCCGCGCGUUGUGUAAGCGGGGCCUGCGGGACGCGGGAAGCUGUGGCGGGUGCCGGGCGGCCGCUACUCCUUGAGCCUUCGGGGUCUGAGGCUGCUUUUGAAGGGCUCCGGAGUGGUAUCGGCCAUGCCUCCAAAGAAAAGGAAGCGGAAACUGCUCAGGGGAACAGAACGUGAAAAUGAAACGACAGACGAUGGAGCUGGAUCUUGUGGCUUGAAAAACAGUGUAGGGACCGUGGUGGAAGCAUCGCCCGUGGCAAAGAUGAGGGAAGGGGAUGCUGGCGGAGAUGGAAUCGGGGCUCUAGCAGAAGCUGCGAAACAAGCCCGGGCCAGAACGGCGCCCUCUGUUGCAGAGUUCAAGUAUAACAAGAAACGGGUCCGCUUGGUUUCGCAGGAGCCCGAUCUCAAGGAAGGGGGUCUGGGCAUCCUGUACUGGAUGUCCCGAGAUCAGAGAGUGCAAGAUAACUGGGCCUUUCUUUACGCUCAGCGCCUGGCCUUGAAGCAGAAGCUCCCGCUGCAUGUCUGCUUCUGCCUUGUGCCCAAGUUCCUGGAUGCCACCAUCCGCCAGUUCGGCUUCAUGCUCAGAGGCUUGAAGGAAGUGGCUGAGGAGUGCCAGGAACUAAACAUUCCCUUCCAUCUGCUCACCGGCAUUGCCAAAGAUGUGCUCCCCCCCUUUGUGACAAAACAUGGCAUUGGCGGGAUAGUGACGGAUUUUGCUCCUCUCCGCGUUCCCAUGCAGUGGGUACAAGAUGUCCGGAAGAGACUGCCACCAGGUGUGCCCUUUGCUCAGGUUGACGCACACAAUAUUGUUCCUUGCUGGGUUGCCUCUGACAAACAGGAGUAUGGUGCAAGGACAAUUCGGCGAAAGAUUCAUGACCAGCUGGCAGAGUUUCUUACCGAAUUCCCACCAGUCACCAGGCACCCUUAUUCCAGCACCAUGCAGGCAGAGGCUGUCGAUUGGGACGCUUGCUAUGCCAGCCUGCAGGUUGACUGCUCGGUCAAGGAGGUGGGAUGGGCAAAGCCGGGCACAGCCUCUGGCCUAGCAAUGCUGGAGCAGUUCAUUGACGAGCGGCUGAAGCUCUUCGGCACAGAAAGGAACAAUCCAAACAGGUCUGCUUUGAGCAACCUCUCGCCCUGGUUCCACUUUGGUCAGAUUGCUGUCCAGAGAGCCAUCCUGGAAGUGCGCAAACACCGCCACAGAUACAAGGAAUCGGUGGAAGCCUUCAUCGAGGAGGCCGUGGUACGCAGGGAGCUGGCGGACAACUUCUGCUUCUAUAACCAGAACUACGAUCAGAUUGACGGUGCUCCCGCCUGGGCCAAAGCCACCCUGGAUCUCCACGCCAGAGACAAAAGGUCUCACCUGUAUUCGCUGAAAGAGCUGGAGGAAGGGAAGACGCACGACCCUCUCUGGAAUGCUGCACAGCUCCAGAUGGUUCAUGAAGGGAAGAUGCACGGAUUUUUGCGGAUGUACUGGGCCAAGAAAAUCCUGGAGUGGACCUGCUGCCCCGUGGAUGCUCUGAAAUUCAGCAUCUAUCUCAACGAUCGCUAUGAAUUGGACGGCAGGGACCCCAGUGGAUAUGUGGGUUGCAUGUGGUCCAUUUGCGGGCUGCAUGACCAAGGGUGGGCUGAGCGGCCCGUGUUUGGCAAGAUCCGCUACAUGAACUACGCCGGCUGCAAGAGGAAGUUUGACGUCCACCAGUUUGAGUGCAAGUACAGCCCUUGCCAGUUCUCCGAACCUCCUUUGUAGGCAAUGGUAAACAGACGUUCACAAAGCUUCAAGUGGUACUUCACUCCAGCGCAAAGGAAGAGCAGCUUUUCGCUUCCUAACCCUCAGGAAAAAGUUUCAGCGCUGCUUUUGCAACAGCCGUUCUGCCUUUGUCCAGGUGGGGGAGAGGGAACCCUUCGCCAAAGAGGAGCCCGAGAAUUGCUGUGCUAUGUUGCACAAAUGACAAGAGUCUGCCCCGACUGAGGACUCUCUGCCUGUUCAAGGGUAGACGCAGUGUUAGAUCUAGCUGGGGCACUGCUGAAUUUCUCUUUGGCAGAGGAAUGGUCCAACUGCAUUUGGACCAGGAGGAGGUGGGCUUGGGCCAAGUCUGGAACCCAGCUCAAGCAGGGCCUAGACUUGACUCCUGCUCCUGGAGCCUUUUCCACAUUAAGUAAAGAGUCCAGUAGGACCUUUAAGACUAACCAACUUAUUUGGAGCAU